GGGUCAGUGGCUGGGAAAACUCACAAAUAGCCAAGGUGGGAGAAAGCAAUCCUUGCUGAAGUAGCGCCAUGGACCUUCUGCAUAGCGCAGGGGUCCAGGCCACCAGCUACCUCCAAGAGAAUUUCAUGGACUUCCAGGGCUGGUUUGUCUUCAUCUCUGCAGUUGCUGACCUCAGAACAACUUUCUUUGUCUUCUUCCCCAUCUGGUUUCAUCUGAGGGAAGCUGUAGGAAUCCGUCUCAUCUGGGUAGCUGUGAUCGGUGACUGGCUCAACCUUGUUUUCAAGUGGAUCCUUUUUGGAGAGAGGCCCUACUGGUGGGUACAUGACACGGACUUCUAUGGCAUCGCAAACCCCCCUGCGAUCAAACAAUUUCCCAUCACUUGUGAGACUGGUCCAGGUAGCCCUUCUGGUCAUGCUAUGGGGUCUUCUGGUGUCUACUACGUCAUGGUGACUGCAUUGCUAUCACAUUUAGUGCCACUGAAGCAAAAAAACUUGACCACAAGGUGUCUGCGUGUCUUCCUCUGGUCAGGAUUCUGGGCUGUGCAAGUCUGUGUCUGCUUAUCCAGAGUCUUCCUGGCUGCACACUUUCCACACCAGGUGAUCUCUGGUGUGAUCUCAGGGAUGCUGGUGGCAGAGGUUUUUGAGCAUGUCCGUUGCAUCUACGAUGCUAGCCUGUGGCGAUAUGUGAACACCACCUUUUUCCUCUUUGGCUUUGCCCUGGGAUUUUACUUGCUCCUCAAGAUGCUGGGCGUGGACCUCCUGUGGACACUGGAAAAGGCCCACAAGUGGUGUGAACGGCCCGAGUGGGUCCAUAUUGACACAACCCCUUUUGCCAGUCUGCUUCGCAAUCUGGGCAUCCUGUUUGGCCUGGGGUUAGGCCUCAACUCUCCCAUGUAUGCAGAGAGCUGCAGAGGGAAACAAAGCCAGCAGCUGGCCUUCCGCCUCAGUUGCAUUGUCUCCUCCCUGUUCAUCCUACACCUCUUUGAUUCCUUUGAACUGCCCACCAACAGAGAGGUCCUCUUCUACAUUCUCUCCUUCUGCAAGAGUGCUUGUGCUCAUAUCUGUGCUGUGGCACUGAUUCCCUACUGUGUCUCCUGGCUCCUUCAGCAGACAGGGAAGAAAGACCUAUAAAGAAUAAAAUCCUUGGAGCUGCUUCUCACCCCAUCAGGAUUCACAUUUAAUAUAUGUUUUUCACUUUCGUGGGAGACUAAACAGAACCUCCAACCCAUCAUCAACAUACUGAUGUCUACAAUUUCAUCCAAAUAAAGAUCAGAAACAAUCUGAUUUCCUGACAAGAAGGGCAAUGACAAAAGGUGUGCAUAUCUCAGCCAGGGAAAUACUGGCAUGUGGGUGUCAUGAAAAACAAAACAAAACAAGAGAGAUCUGAACUUAAAUAGAAGGAAGCUAAGAGACAGCUAGUUUUAAAGUGAUCUGAAGCCAGCUAUCAGGUACAGCUUGUCUGUAGCCUGUGACAACAAACUUCUCUUCUGCUUUCUGUCCACUUCUUUGUCUAAGUGCUCCUUUUCCUAUUGAUUUGGGUGUCUUCUUUAUCUCUAUGUCAACUACCAUGUUUAGUCAGUCCUGGGUAUCCGCUUUUAAUUUAUCAUCUGUCCAGAUUUUGUCCUGUAACUUUGUGUAUAUUUUAUCCAAAUAUGCCUCUCCUUGUAAUUAAUAUGUUUACACAAUAGAGAGAGAGAAAAGCCAUCCAAAUUUCAAUCAA